UAAUGGCAUUUCUUCACUCCUACCAAAGGUGAUAACAUAAAUAACAGUAGAGGAUCCAUAAGUCAGUCUCUCUCUCUCUCUCUCAUAGUCUCAUACCAUGGAGAGCAGCAACGGAAACACAGGGGAUGAGGUGGUUCCUUUGUUGCAGAGAAACCCAUCAAUAAAAGAGAAUGAAAGUGGUAGUGAUAAUCAUCAAGAGAAAGAAUUCACUCUAUGGAGGAGGGUUUGGAAUGAAUCAAAGCUUCUAUGGCUCAUCGUGGGUCCAUCCAUCUUCAGCCGUGUCUCCUCCUUCUCCAUGAAUGUCAUUACCCAAGCCUUCGCCGGCCACCUCGGCGAUCUCGACCUCGCUGCCUUCUCCAUUGCCAAUAACGUCAUUGUUGGUUUCAACUUCGGUCUUUUGUUAGGGAUGGCUAGCGCAUUGGAGACACUAUGUGGGCAAGCAUUUGGGGCUAAGAAGUAUCACAUGUUGGGAGUCUAUAUGCAAAGAUCAUGGAUUGUUCUGUUCCUCUGCUCUGUUCUGCUGCUACCCAUGUAUGUUUUCGCCACUCCCAUUCUGAAAUGGAUGGGACAACCGUCAGAUGUGGCGGAGCUUUCGGGUCUAGUGGCGUUGUGGCUCAUCCCUCUCCACUUCAGCUUUGCUUUCCAAUUUCCUUUGCAGAGGUUCUUGCAAAGCCAGCUUAAGACUCUUGUGAUCGCUUGGGUGUCUCUGGUGGGUUUGAUAGUUCAUAUCUUUGUGAGUUGGCUCUUUGUGUAUGGACUGAAGCUAGGCUUGUUUGGAGCUGCAGUUACUCUGAACUUCUCUUGGUGGGUUUUGGUUUUUGGAUUGUUGGGUUACACUGUUUGGGGUGGUUGUCCUCUUACUUGGACUGGUUUCUCAUUUCAAGCCUUCUCUGGACUUUGGGAGUUCCUCAAGCUCUCUGCAGCUUCUGGGGUCAUGCUCUGCUUAGAGAAUUGGUACUAUAGGAUUUUACUAUUGAUGACAGGAAAUCUCAAGAAUGCUAAGAUUGCAGUAGAUGCUUUGUCCAUUUGUAUGACCAUUAAUGGGUGGGAGAUGAUGAUUCCAUUGGCGUUCUUCGCAGCAACUGGGGUGAGGGUAGCAAACGAGCUUGGAGCAGGCAAUGGGAAAGGAGCUAAGUUUGCAACAAUUGUAUCGGUGGCAACCUCCACAUUUAUCGGUCUCAUAUUUUGUGCCCUAAUUAUGAUAUUCCACAGCAAGUUUUCGAUCAUCUUUACAUCCAGCAAAGAUGUAAUUGCUGCAGUCGAUAAGUUGUCCAUUCUCUUAGCCUUCACCAUCCUCCUUAAUAGUGUGCAACCGGUUCUCUCCGGAGUUGCUGUUGGAUCGGGAUGGCAAGCAUUUGUGGCCUUCAUAAAUUUGGGUUGCUAUUACAUCAUUGGGCUUCCUUUGGGAUGUUUAUUGGGAUGGCUUUUUAAUCUUGGAGCCAAGGGAAUUUGGAUGGGAAUGAUUGGUGGGACUGGCAUCCAAACUUUGAUAUUGGCCAUCAUCACCAUUUGUUGCGACUGGGAAAAUGAGGCCAGGAAAGCAACCUUGAAGGUAAAGAAGUGGGCGAAAGAGGAUGAUGGUUCAGAUGAUGAAAAUCAAAUCACAGAGAAAUGAAUUCUGAACUAACUACCACUUCAUCAAUCUAUUAAUUAGCAAUGAAGGGAAUCCAGAAUUUACAAGUGUGAGUUUUCGGUGAUUAUUGGGCAUCAUCCUCCAAAUUUGCAGAGAUAAGCCUCCAUGAGAUCCAUUAGUGUAGCACCAGCUGCCGCUGAAGUGUAUCAACUCAACAAUUGCCACGCUGACGAUGAAGCAUAAGUAAUUUCUUUCUUUAAUGGGACUGCAAAAAAAUUUUUGAGGGGUUUGAAAGGGUUAAUUAAUUAAUAGUGAUAGUGGUUUUCUUUGAGGUUGGAGGUUUGCAAAGAUUUAGCUUGGAAACAAAACAAAGGGUGAUUCAAGAAAUUGAAAGCUUGAUUCUUUGGUUA